AACAAAGCCCCGGAUAACAACAAAACUCAUACUUUACAUCUUACCGAUCACGGAAAUCCGUUUUAUCGCACUGAAGCCGGCGGUAGAGGUCGACUCUCGGUGUUUUCCGUCGCUGUUUGAGGCCUUUCGGGCGAUGUUGUUUAUCUGUAGUAAGGGGGGGCUUGAAACCGCCCUCCCUUGCCCCAUUUCCUCGGUUGUUUUCCUUCUCUCGCCUGGAUUCUCCAUGUUGUUGGUGCAAGAGUGAAGACUUCGCAGCGACGGGUAGAGGGGGGCUGCUCGGCGACAUUACCCGUAAUAGUAGUGGUAAACCCGAGACGACGGAGCUGACAGAGGCUCAAAUAGCCUCCAAAAAAACAUAUCCAAGUGCCUUGCCCCCUCCCCAGGCGGCGGACCUCCGAGAGAAGAAGAAGAAGAAGCGGCGGGGGAAUAAAGAAACCCAGGAACAAGAUAAACCCUACUCUCAUCGGGGAUUGUUACUGAGGCGGAUGUGACAAGUUACCUCGGCGAAUAAUUGAGUCGACUUGCCAAUAAAACCCAAUGAGGGAUGCCCAUCAGUGCUCGGGGACAGGAUUUGAGGAUUUUGAGGGCUCCGUGAUUGUCAGAUGGAAAGUUCUGUUAUCACCCAAGUGCAGAAAGAAGACGUUCAAGUGUCACCGAAAACAGGCCAGGUGAGCCGGUCUGCCCUGAAACAGCCUCGGAGUUGUAACAUCUUCAAAGCGCUCUUCUGUUGCCUCCAAGCUCAGGAUGGCCCCAAACCACCACCACCAACACCACCACCUUCCCAGCAGCCCUUGCUGGAGUCACAGGAAAAUGGGACGGUUGUCAAGUCUGAACCGAGCCUCCUGCCCGAGGUGGAGGCCCAGGACCAAGGGAAGAUAUGUGUGGUCAUAGACCUGGAUGAGACACUGGUGCAUAGCUCAUUCAAGCCUAUUAGUAAUGCGGACUUCAUCGUGCCUGUGGAGAUAGAGGGGACCACACACCAGGUGUAUGUGCUGAAGAGGCCGUAUGUGGAUGAGUUCCUGCAGAGAAUGGGAGAGUUGUUUGAAUGUGUGCUGUUUACAGCCAGUCUUGCUAAGUAUGCAGACCCAGUGACGGACCUGCUGGAUCAGUGUGGUGUAUUCCGGACCCGGUUAUUCCGGGAAUCUUGCGUAUUCCACCAGGGCUGCUAUGUCAAGGAUUUGAGCCGCCUGGGCAGAGAUCUCCACAAAACCCUCAUCCUGGAUAACUCUCCUGCCUCCUACAUCUUCCACCCUAAUAAUGCUGUUCCUGUGGUGUCAUGGUUUGAUGACGUGGACGACGCUGAGCUGCUCAACCUUCUGCCUGUGUUUGAGGAACUUAGUCAAGCUGAUAAUGUUUAUACCCAUUUGGACCAGCUUCGUGGACAUUAAGCUCUCUAUGGACCUGCUCAGCUUGAAACUUCUUCAACUACAAUAGAUUCUAGAGUUUUCUAACGUUGUUCUCCUUGCCUCUGCACAAAAUCAUCUGUUUAGAAAGUUGCAUUAGCGUGUUGGGGGGGGGGGGGG